CAAGUUCAGUACGAAUCAGGUACUUGAAGCAGUCGCAUGUUCCGGUUUAGAACAAAGAAUGAAGUUCGAAAGUCUUCUGAUUGUUUGCAUAAGUUUGCUUCUUCAAUUACGGAUGGGAGCAACUAUGCCUAUGGACAAGGCACUCCCGCCCUCUGUGUAUGCAACGGCUAGGCGUUGGAACCUGCAUGAAACAGUUGUUAAUAAUAUGCGGAUAACCAAAAGGCCGUGGAUAGUCACAAAAACUGAACAGUGCGGCAAGAUAAUUAGGGAAACCUACAUGUUGAGCCCCAACGAAGAGGAACUCAUAAGGAGAACGGAAGUCAUGAUCAUGCAAAUUCAAGGACAAUUGGAAUGUUUAUUUAGCCAGUUGCAAUCGACAUUAGGAUUUGGCAGUGUCUACAAUAAUCCCUUCCUUAAUCCGGUCGGAUUUGGUUUUCCUGACUAUAACCUCUUCCAAAACUUUCCGUUUAUCCCGGAAUUUAAACCGCACCGUAUUCCUACCGGUGAAGAUCGCAGACAUGAAAAUAAUCCUCGCCGAGAAGAUCCCCGGUUGAAUGAGCAGGAUGCGAGGAAUUUACGCCCUCAAGAAGUCCCCCAAAUAGAUGAAAGCAUUCCCAAUAGGGAAUCGGAUAGUGAUAGAUGGGUGCCAAAUCCAACAUCCACGCGCCGGCCUUCGGUACCUUUGCCUACCCUGGCUCCCCCCAGCUUGACUGAUACGGAUCCCAUAUGGGUUCCAGUCCCUGAUCCAACAUCAACCGAGCGAAGCUCCGUCCCACUGCCCACACUCGCACCCAAAGGCAAAGGAACUGACUCGGCAAUCGAUGACUUUUUGGCAAAGGUGGAUCUCACUGUUGCGGACAUCAAGGAGGAGGAUGGCCAGCUGGUCACCACAAUCGUGGACAAGCAAGGACGAGUUCUAAGUGCCAGUUUUGCACUGAGCAAUGAGAACGGACAAGGGGGUGCGGCAAACUAUCAAAGUCGCACUGCAAAAUGAUAUACAUAUAUAUAGAGAAGUGUGAACAAGAAAAGCUCUACUUAAAUUAACAGACAAUUUUAGUAUAAAUAAUAUAAAUAAGUCUAUGUUUACCACAUUGAACCUUCUUCUAGUGGCAAUAUAGGUAUUGAAAACUUA